CUUCGGACGGUUUCCAUGGCAAAGGCAGGAGGGGGUGGGUGCUUCAGAGCGAGUGCCUUUAAGACUUCAGUGUUUUCUCUCUGUCCAUGGGAGUGGAACAAAGGGAACGCGACAAGAGCCGCACACGCUUUCUCUCCCUGCCUGAUCUGCCUGGGCACCUGGACAUGGCGUCCCUCCAGGUGGAGCUCGACGAUGUCACUCUCAGUGCGGCCCCAGCGGCGCAGCCUGGUGGUCAGGAUCAAUAGGAGCCAAUCGUUCGCUGGCGUCAAUUCCACUCAGGACAAAUCUUUCAGGAAUUUCCCUGCCUUCAGCACCCCAACGGUCUCCAGGAAGUCUGGCUCCAGGGUCAGUAGGAUGUUUUCAAUGUCCCACAAAUCCCCUCCACCCAAGGUGCCCCAGCCGGAGCGACUCGAUGAAGUGUACGAAGCACUGAAGAAGGGACUGACUGCUUAUCUGGAAGUGCACCAGCUGGAGCUGGAGAAGCUGAGCAUCCAAAUCCGCGAGUCCAAGAGGAAUUCUCGAUUGGGCUUUCUGUAUGAUCUUGAUAAGCAAGUCAAGUCUAUUGAGCGGUUUCUGCGCCGUCUGGAGUUUCACGCUAGCAAGAUAGAUGAGCUUUACGAGGCCUACUGCAUCCAGCGGCGGCUUCGGGAUGGAGCCCACAACAUGGUCAAGGCCUACACAGCCGGUUCACCUGGCAGCAAGGAGGCACGCGAGAGCUUGGCUGAAGCUAGCAAGGGCUACAAAGAGUACACAGAGAAUAUGUGUCUGUUGGAGAGUGAACUAGAGAGUCAGUUGGGAGAGUUCCACAUCAAGAUGAAAGGAUUGGCUGGCUUUGCUAGGCUCUGUGCUGGAGACCAAUAUGAGAUCUUCAUGAGAUACGGGCGCCAGCGGUGGAAGCUGCGGGGCCGCAUUGAGGCAAACAGCAAGCAAGUGUGGGACAGUGAGGAGAUCAUCUUCCUGCCCCUCAUUACAGAGUUCCUGUCCAUCAAGGUAACAGAGCUGAAGAGCUUGGCCAGUCAUGUGGUGGUGGGGAACGUCUCUUGUGAAACCAAGGACCUGUUUGCAGCUCUGCCCCAGGUCGUGGCAGUAGAUAUCAAUGACCUGGGCACCAUCAAGCUGAGCCUGGAGGUUAAUUGGAACCCCUUUGACAAAGAGGACCAACCAUCAUCUGCUAGCACUGUGACAAAGACAUCGACAGUCAACAAGAGAUUUUCCACGUACAACCAGAGCCCACCUGAUACACCCUCUAUGCGUGAACAGGCUUUUUAUAACAUGUUGCGGCAGCAGGAGGAGCUUGAGAACGGGGCAGCCUGGUCCAUCUCUUCAGAGUCUUCGGAUGAUUCCUCUAGCCCACAGCUGUCUGGAAGUGCCCGCCAUACACUGCCCAGGCCGAUUGUGCAACCUGCAGUACAGGCAACUCCGCCCGCCAUAGAAAUUGCCUUUACACAACCUGAGGACAAAGAGCCACUAGCCGUUCGCGAGGAGGUGGCUGUGGCUAACGGACACGUGCCCUAUGCUCGGACUCUUAGCCAGAUCAGCGAGGCCAGUGUGGACCUGCCAGUGGCAGAGGACAAGGAGUGCACUGUCCCCAGAGACUCUAGUCCCAGGGACCUGCCUCCCCUGGAAACGAACUCCUUGCCCCAAAGUGCAGGCUCAGUGCUGGACACUCAGAUCACAGAGGCUGGAGAACAGGAGGUUGAGCCUGAUGGGGCCACUCCCACUGUAGAAGGGAGUGAGGACACAGCCUCCCAAGCCCAAGAGGUUGAACAGCCCAAGCUUUCAUUGAGCCUGCCGCUCCCAAAGGAGCUUCAACCAGUGGGACUCAUGGAGCCACCAAAGCCCAAGCCUGUGGACUGUGGGCUGGAGGAGGCCAUCAACUCACUGGCCUCUGCUCUCGAUGACUACCGAGGCCAGUUCCUUGAGCUACAGACCUUGGAGCAGGAGCUCAAGCACCUAGAGGAGAUUCUCUUGCAAAAGCAGGGUGUGUGCCUGAGCCGGGCCUCCAGCACCAGCCUGACGGUAGAGCAUGCUCUGGAGAGUUUCAGCUUCCUCAAUGCUUCUGAUACAGAAGAUUCAGAUGAUGACGGGAAGGCUAGCAGUGCACAGCCUGCACCCCUGGGCAGGGUACCAGGACCCAGUGAGGCUGUUACUGAAGACACAGCUGGGUGCUUAAGCUCAGAGGGUGGCACAGAGCCCAUGAGCACUGGCAACGAGUUCCUCGACAGGGCCUUGGUCCUACACCUGAACCAUUGCAAUCGCUUGCUGCUGAAACUGGGCACUUUUGGGCCCCUCCGCUGCCGGGAAAUGUAUGCACUCGACAGACUGGCGAGGGAAGCCCAAGUCCUGGAGACGGUCUGCCGCUUAGCAGAGGAGCGAGCAGGGACAGCCAGCUCUGCUGAGGAAGUGGUACAGUUUUCUUCCUGGAAGGAGGGAGUAUUGCUCUUCUGGGACAACUGUGUGGUCAUUCCUAAUCUAUACACCUGCCCUGUGGAAAAAUUCCUGCAGACACUCAAUUCCCAGUAUGCGGCACGAAUCAACGAACGCCAGCAAGGCCUGGCAGAUCCAGUGUGUGUGAAGCUGGUGGAGGAGUUUCUGCAACGCAGACUGCCCAGGCGCCAGGGGAGCUGCCAGGCUGAGCAGAUCACUGUUUUCCAAUACUGGAGCCACUUUGAGGCUCUGCCUGUCUUGACGCUGGACUCUUACAUCAUGGAGUUGGCAGAGGAAGUGCUGCUAGCACAGAACCUGAAUUCUGAUGACCAAGACGUGGUCCUGAAGGCCCUGAAGCGCGUUCCUGAGAACCGGCUUCGUAAGGAUGGGCUGAAAGCCUUGAGCCUGCUUCUUGUCGAAGGAAACAGCAAGGUUGUUGGGGCCGUGUCAGCACAGUUGCGCAACCUUUCAGAGAACCCUGGCUUCCGGGAACGGGCCCUGGUCUGUUACCUUGAGCAGCUGGAGGAUGAAGAGGUGCAAACACGGAUUGCAGCCUGCGCAGCUCUGGGCUGCCUUAAGGCCAAGGAGAGUAUUGAGCAGCUGGUGUACUUGUGCCAAACGGACAAAGAGGCCGUACGAGAGGCAGCCAAACAGAGCCUAAUGCUGUGUGAUGGCACUGAGAGAACCAUCUGAUUGGCUAACUAGACUUCCGGGUCAUGACAGCAGCUGCACAGGAGAAGAUGGGAAAUCUGCUCAUCGACGUCUAGAAGAGUCUCUUGACAGUUUGCCCCGAAUCUUUGCCCCAGGGAGCAUGGCCAGCACUGCGUUCUGAAGGGUGCCACACAAACUGACCAGCCAGAUCCUUUUGGGACCCAGACUUUGCAUGCCACAGAACUUCAAGCAAGUCACACAGACUGGGGUCAGACUAGUGUGCCAUAGACUGGGCAGCUCUUUGCCCCUAAGCGCAUGCACACACUGCAGUAUUAGCAUCACCCACAUGCUGUCUUAUGUGGAGGAUGCCUUUUCCUAGCCCCAAUGGCUGCUUCACUCAUGGAACUAACACGAGUACAAGACACUGAGAGAUUCACUUUUUUUCCCCUACAGGAGCCCACUGGGCUAGGGGAUGGAGUAUGGCUCUCUGCCAUUCGCCAGGAUCAACAUGCCACAUUUUGGAGAAAAGCAACAGCUGAGCAUUAUGGCCAUGGCAGAAAAUCUCAGUUGCUAAAGCCAUCUCCCAUUUGAGACAAAUUUUUGAGAAUUUUUGUGUGUUCUUGAAGUCCCACUUAGUGUUCAACUUGUUCUUAGCUUGCCCAUGUCCUCCACCCUCUGGGGCUGUGAAUACUGCAGGAAAUUGGGACCAGGUAUAUUCUGCUACUGAGGAGCUGCAAACUCCUCUUGGUUCUGAGAGGUGGGGGGAAAGAAAGUGCACAAACGAUUACAGGAGGGAGUUUCCCACCUCCCAGUGGAGGAAGAAAGGACAGAUUGUUUUUAACAGUGGUGCUGUGGCAGAUGGAAGCAACAUGGAUAGACAAACGCUGCCACUUCUUUGGCUAUUUUAUUAUUUUUAUUUACACAUUUUGGAGGGGGGAGGGAGGUUGCAGACAAAAGCGAAAUGUUUUUUCUAUAAAAUCUCUAUAAUUUUAUCUGUAUAUCUACAUAGAUAUAUAAAUAUAUAUAAUGUAAUUAUCAAGAGGUUUGGCUAAUUUUGACUUUAAGCCUGAAAUAAAAAGAAGUUUGAGCAAGUGA